AUGAGCAGAGCUUUAUACAAAACCACACAGGUUCUUUGCGCGCUGGCCUUUGCGCUGCAUUGCACAAGAUGCAUGAACACGUCUAGCAUACAAGAAGAGAACACAUCAAUGUCUAGAACAACUGUAUCUGACGGCACGACGCAGAAGAGCUCCAUGCAGAAAACAUAUAUGCAUAAAAGCUCAAAAACAGGCAGAACAGAGGUUGUUACAGAGGCACAAGAAACUAUAAGCCCGGCCUCCAGGCAGGAUUCUAUUUUCAGAUUACUGGAAGACCGCAUGGACGAUCUGAAUCAGCUAAAAAGAACCACUUUGGAGGUUCCCAUGGCCAACCCAUACACAGCGGUCUCCUCGCAUGUAGAGAUCUACGAGGAAAACACAUUAAAAUCCACCCGCGAGCAGGUCAUUUAUUUGGUGCACCUGCUCAUGAGCAUUGACGAGCUGCGCUCUGAAUUAACGCGCCCCAAACUUUUGGAAAAGUAUCUGGAGCAGAUCCGCCAUGCACACCAAAAGCACGCGGAUACUGGCACAUGCACUGGAAACAUUGUAAGCCACCUUUGCUCGGCUUUCAAGGCAUUUAUGGCAGCCAACGGAGAAAAUGGAAUCAAAGGCGAAUGCCCGGUGAUGGACAAGGACUGCAUGGAUUCGAUUGACGCAUUGGCUGCAGAUAUAAUCGAAGUGCAUCGAUCCAUGGUAGCAGAAAAGAUGUCUCUGGCUUACCCUAUCUUUGACACAAUCCGGCUUGCGCUAAUGGACUUUUACCAAGUAAUUGGCUCGUAUUUCCCGAGCGACCAAGUAAAAGGUAGGGCUAUUUCCCAAGAAUUGAAAUGCGUAUGGAACAAGAAGGAGCAAAUGGGCAAAAACCCGUACACUCUUUUCUACGCAUGCGGCAUCACAGAAAGCAUGAACUCCGAAGGGAAAGUGCAGCGGUCAAAAAGCGUGCGAAAGAUUGGCAGCGGCUACCAAUCUAUGUCCCUGCAGUUUGAAUAG